AUGGGAGCUUUGACAGCGGAUCAGAAGAGGCAUCUUGCAACCUUGAGCACCGAUCUGCGUUUCCAGCUGGCCCAGGCUGAGGUCACGCCUGUUAAUCAGGCACGUUUGGGUGAGCUUGGCAUCCGAACUUUGGUUCUAUUUGCAGGUCUGGAUGAAUCUCGCGAGCGAGUCCGCGCGGCGCUCGCAAGUGAGCUCCCUCUUGACGUGCAAGCUUCUCUGGCCAACCGUCUCGAAAUGGCACGUCUGAUUUCAGCCUGGGAGGCCUCGAAAUUGCAUCUCGAGGUGAAUGAGAAGAACAGAGCCGAGUCACGUCUUGGAACUCAAAAUCGAUUGGUUCAGCCGAGUGAACAACAUUCCAUGCGCGUGGCGGUGGAGGCUGUCCUGGGUUCUUUGAAAGACAAGGAAGUUCCUUCGCGAUCGUUCUUGGCGACCAAGCUUGAACAGAUCGAGGCCAAUCAACCGGCGGUGGAGUGUCUCACUGAGGUGGCCUCGUUGGAGGAUUCCGAGCUUGAAAUGUAUUCAGCGGUGAUCGACCCUGCUACAAACGUCUUGAAGAUCAAAACUGGCAAGACGUUGACUUCAACCCCGCAGUCCCCCGAGGAGUUGCGUCUUCGUCACCGCAGGAUCGGUCUCGCCUGGGACAUGCUCGCGACUAAACAUUCCAAUCGCAAUUGGCUUUCAAAGAACAUGACUGACACUUUCAGGCGCUUCAGCGAUUAUGUUCUGGGCCAGCAGGUCGCCGGCCUUAUGGCAGGUGAUGGUCGACGCCCUACUUGGAACUUGGUUUUGCAGUUUGAGCAUGAAGCCCGCAAGGCCGCCUACAAGUGGUUGCGGGACGGCGAAGUCACGGACCUGGAGGCGGCUUUCAAGAGGGCUACUACGGAUACGGAAGUCUUGCAGCGUUACUUGGUGAUUCCCUUCUCCUUGAAUAUCACGGCUGCCUCGGUUGUGCAAGUGGACGUUCCUCCUCCUUCGGCUGCUGGUUCGCCUCCUCGUGCACGGGGGCGAGGCCGAGGGCGUGGCCGUAGUGGGGUCAGGACCAAGGGCAAAGCUCUUCGCACUCCGGAUGGCCAGCCUCUUUGCUGGCGGUACAAUCGCCAGGGGCGUGCUGAUCUCAGUGUGCUCUACCUCUUUGCUGGUGAACCACGCAAAGGGGAUAUUCGCAGCUGGUUGGAAAAAGAAUCGUCCGGCCGCAGUUUCCAUUUAGUGGAAAUUGAUGUUGCUCGCAAUACGUCACACAAUGUCUUGCGCGACGAGUUCUGGGAGGACAUUCUUGAACAGGUCCGCUCCGAACAGUUUGACUUGAUUCUUUUGAGCCCGCCCUGCAACACCUACAGCAGGGCUUCUUUUUCGUCACCAGGGUCCGUACCUCUGCGCAAUGCAGACUGGCCGGAAGGCUUUCCGUGGCUCACUGGCCGCCUGAAGGACAAGGCUCAGGCGGGAACGGAGUUGCUGCGGCGCGCCCUCGACUUGGCUGCCGUGGCUUCAGAAGUUGGGGUUCCUUGGUUGCUUGAGCAUCCAGAAUUUCUCGGUACCACACCCCGAGGCACGCCUGCCUCGGUCUGGACUUGGGCUUAUUCGCGAAAGUUCUUCGAACAGAAUGCUGUCGCGACUGUCGUUUUUCAUCAAUGCGCCUUUGGGGCCCCUUAUGCCAAGCCUACAAGGCUUGCAGGCACCUGGCCGAACCUGGGCACCCUGGGUUUUCGAGGGUGGCCUCAAUUAGAUCGCAAUGGUUGCUACCGGGGCCCUUUGCCCAAAUCUUGCGGUCAUGAUCACCCCCCUUUGCUUGGCUUUCUUGAGGACGGCACUUUUGCGACUGCACCUACAGCUGCUUAUCCUUCCGGCCUGUGCCGGGCUCUGGCGUUGCUGGCUUGGCAAGUGGUUGAUCCUUCCAGGUCCUCGGUGGGGGGGUCUUCUCUUCGGUCCCUGGAUACCACGGAGAAUGCUAACGCUGGCGCUUUCUUGUCUGAUGUUGAAAAAGCAGCUGCUUCACUGUUGAUUCCCACCAGGGGAGAGAUCGUACAACUCUUCGAGCUCCUUCCGGGAGAUCCCCCGGCGAGGGGCGAGCCUGGCCCUGACUCGAAGUCCUUCACGGUGGGGGCUUUUUCAAGAGGAGGGGGUCUGGCUGGCAUUCGCUCCAACACUGACAAAUUUCCGGAGUUCACCAAGAUGCUUUGUCGUUUCAUCGAUGCACUGCAGCCGGGCUUCGAAUACACUGCAGCGGCCAUCUUUCGCAAUCUUCGGACGGCUCCACACAAGGACACCGGCAACUUGGAGGGCUCUUAUAAUCUUGUGAUUGGCCUUUCGUGUUUUUCUGGUGGCGAGGUGUGGGUUGCUUCGGGGUCGGGUUCGGUUGCUUGUCCUUUCGAGGGUUUUUCUGUGACGGGGGAUCUGCUUGAAGUUGCCUCCUCUUUCUCGAUUUUCAACCCCAGAGAUCUGCACUGCACAGCGAAGUGGAAGGGGACGAGGGUCGUCCUUGUGGCAUACACGCCAUUUCUUGGCGAGGCACUGACAGAGGAUCACCGUCGGCGCUUGGCUGCUUUGGGGUUUACGCUUCCGGGAUUUGUUGGGACUGACAUUGCACCGCUACGAAACUUGGGCACGAACGAUGAUGCUGUGGGUACCGCUGAGUGGUGGCGGUCUUUGCCGGGCGAAGAAGCUGAACACCUUGAGGUGCAAGGAGGCGACGUGGGGGAUGACACUUGUGACGACCCUACGUCUGAUGAGGACGAAGAUGGUGUGAGAAAGCCGCUCUAUGGGCAUGGCUGUCUGGGUCAGGGGCCUCCACUGCGGUCUCGACUUUCGGGCCGAGUGCGUUGGUUCUCAGAUGGACACGGACUGGCUUCACCAGGGCGCUGGCCUCCCCCGAAGAGGCCCACUCCUGCGUCACAUGGCUGUCUUUCGCUUCACAAAGAAAUCAUGGACGGUCUCCUGGCUUUACUGUCGCGUUCGCUGGACAUUAAGAAGGUCGUCUGCGCUUUGGCCACGGGGAGGAUGACAUCUUCCCCCUUUGCAUCGGGACUGAUCGAUUCUGGGAGGACGCUGGUUUUUGAUAAGCUUCGGCAGGCAGGGGUCACCGCACAGAUCUCUGUGGUUCCUGACCGUCAGCCAUUUUUCCUUGGUGCCAUUGGCGAACUGCUGCGACUCGCUGGCGACCCAGACUGGAGGCGGUAUACCGAGGCGACGUGGUCUUUCGCUGCUGGGGUUCCUCUUGGGGUCGGAGUCCGGCUUCCCCGGACUCCGGCUCUGUUUGAACGCAAGCAUAAACAUCGUGCUUUUCCGGGGGUCGAUGAGCCGCUGCCCGACUUGCCGAGGGAGAAUUACCCCUCUGCGCAGGAGCAUGCUGAACGGGUUGAUUUUCAGUUUCAGAAGGAGAUCUCUUGUGGUGCAAUGGUCGAGAUGGACUUGGCCGAGGCGCAGGAAGAAUUCGGCGAGGCCCUGAGUAUUGCUUCGCUUGGUGCGCUUCUCAAGCCGGAUGAUUCUGUUCGAGUCUUGCACGACGGAACGCAUGGUGUGCACUUAAACGACUCGAUCAAAGUACGGGAUGCACAAUCGUAUCCUACUGGGGGCGAUCUCUCGGUGGCACUUGAAGAACUGCCGGCCGCAUACUUUUCUCUUUCAGGAGAUAUCUCUCGUGCACAUCGUUUAGUAAAGGUGAGGCGGGCCGAUUGGGCCAGGCAGGCCUGUCGGGCAUCACGUCAUGACAAAGUUUACCUCAACGCUGUUGGAACCUUCGGCGUUUCAUCUGCGAGCUACUGGUGGUAUCGCUUGUUUUCUGGGUUGGGACGUUUGCUGUACUACUGCCAUGGGGUUGAUGAAACGACGCUCCUAUCUUACGUGGACGACUUACUGUGGAUUACCCAGUCUUCGGAUGGCUUGGCGCGCAUCCUGGCAUCGAUCCUUUUACUUGAGAUUCUCGGCGUGCCUUGGGCUUGGCAUAAGUUCAAAGGGGGAACGGAGCAUUGCUGGAUUGGAUUUUCGAUCUUUGCGCACAAGAGACUUCUGGGCUUUUCUCAGGCCCGGUGUGACUGGGCAGUGAAUUGGAUACAACGUGUCAGGGCUGACGGCUUCGUUAAGAUUGCGGACUUGGAGGCGGUCAUAGGACGCCUUUCGUUUGGCUUCACUGUUUUACCACUAUUGCGCCCUUUUCUGGGGCCGCUCUAUGCGUGGGUGAGUGCAGUGAGGCAUUGCCAUACUUUGCGGCUCCCGAAAGCUGUAGCUAUGAUUUUGGCGUUCAUCGAGAAGGUGCUUCUUCAAGGGUUCCGUACAAUCACUGUGCCUCGGGCCAAAUCUGUCCCUCAGGAACUCUUUCGCACUGAUGCAAAGGCAGAGGGCUCGGAGAUGUGGUUGGGAGGUUGGGCCUGCAGUGAUGCUUCAACGCCUUGGGGGUGCAGGUGGUUUGCUGAGAAAGUCCAGCAUACUGACGCUCCUUGGUUUUAUCAGGCUGGCCAGUCAUACCGCUCCAUCGCUGCACUAGAGCUUUUGUCGACGUUGGUUGCUGUCCACUUGUUUGCACCUUUGCAACCGACGAGCGCGACUUUUACCUGUUCCGCCGCGACAGACAAUCGCGGCAACAGUUUCUUGACAUCACGGUGGCUCACUACUUCCUUUCCUUUAUGCGUGGUGCUCAUGGAUUUGGCGGCAGUUCUUCAGUCCAAGUCGCUCAUGCUGGAUUUGCACUGGGCCCCUAGAUUUCAGAACACUUUGGCAGACUCUCUUACGAAUCAAGACUUUAAAGACUUCGACCCGUCCAAAAGGGUUCGCUUCGAUGUAUCUCAAUACCGUGGUUUGGUGCUGCGUGAACUUCUAGAGUCUGGCGCCGAACUUUACACUGAGCUUGCAUCUUGGAAGAAGCGAAAGGGUGGCAUUUUGCCACAGAAGAAAUCGAAGGCAGAGAAGCUGGCUGCAACCGACCCGUGGAGAUGA